UCACCAUCCAGCAUCUCCUCUUUUCCCCAAACGUCUCAUUCUGUCCUUUUCUUGACAUCGCCGCCCGCCUUUCGAGUAGACACCACUACCCAUCUGUCUCCUCCGGGUAGUCCGUUCCUUUACGACACGUUGCGCGCAUUCCCUCCCCACGUAAUACUUCGCCAUGGCCGACGAUAAGAAGAGCGACGACUACAGCAUGAGCUCAGCAAAGGGCUCCCGUGCGUCAUCACCGGUGAUGCGCUCCUCCAAGAACAGCGGCUCCUCGAUCACGGAGAACCCCGUCAUUGCCAUCCUCUCGUACUGCGGUUCCUCGAUCCUCAUGACGGUGACGAACAAGUAUGUCCUGUCUGGCCGUGACUUCAACCUCAACUUCUUCCUGCUCUGCGUGCAGUCGGUCGUUUGCGUUGUCGCCAUUUCCAUUUGCAAAGCCUCUGGAAUCAUUACAUAUCGCGACUUCAACUCGGAUGAAGCUAAAAAGUGGUUCCCCAUCGCUCUUCUCCUCAUCGGUAUGAUUUACACAAGUACCUGGGCGCUCAAGUACCUCUCCAUCCCCGUCUACACCAUCUUCAAGAACUUGACCAUCAUCCUCAUUGCAUACGGUGAGGUGCUCUGGUUCGGUGGCUCCGUUACGCCCAUGGCUCUCUUCUCCUUUGGUUUGAUGGUCUUCAGCUCCAUUAUUGCAGCUUGGGCAGACAUUCAGCAUGCGCUCUCCAGCAUGGGUCACGCUACAGAGGCGGCGACUGAGGCUGUCUCCACCUUGCACACCGGUUACUUGUGGAUGAUGUUCAACUGCAUCUGCAGUGCCACCUUCGUCCUUUGCAUGAGGAAGCGCAUCAAGCUCACUAACUUCAAGGACUUUGACACCAUGUACUACAACAACCUGCUCACAAUCCCUAUCCUCCUGAUCGCCUCUAUCGUUGUCGAAGACUGGUCCCCCGCAAACAUCCAGAAGAACUUUCCUGCCGACCAGCGCAACGCCGUCAUCUUCGUUAUGGUUCUAUCCGGUCUCUCUUCGGUUUUCAUCUCCUACACUUCCGCCUGGGCCGUCCGUGUCACAACCUCUACAACAUACUCCAUGGUCGGUGCUCUCAACAAGCUCCCCAUUGCGCUCAGUGGUCUGAUCUUCUUCGAUGCACCUGUCACAUUCGGCAGUGUUUCCGCCAUCUUCGUCGGUUUCGUCAGUGGUAUCGUCUAUGCGCUUGCCAAGGUGCGACAGAAUGCCGCCGCAAAGGCCAAGUCAGUACUCCCUGUCUCGAACGUGCCGGUCAGCUCCAGCAGUCAGAGCAUGCGCGACAGCCUCAAGGCGUAAAAAUAUCUUCGGGGUUACAAUGUACGAUUACACAAAGCGGAUGCGGAUUUUCGGCAUAGCUUUUUCGCAGUUGCGGCGUUAUUGGUUUGAGUCGAACUUAUUUCUCUGGCGGUUUCUAGGGUGCUUCGAUUCGAGCCCUGUUCAUGUACGGCUUAAGCAUAAGCAUUUGACACCAAUAUUUAGCGUCUUCUAGAGUGGAUCGGCGUUUGGAAAAGGAAUGCCAUUCAGCAUCUUUGAGCGAAUGGGUAUAUGACCGAGACACAAUUAUCUGCCUACGAAGUAGCAGAACUGGUGUUGCAGCAAUAUUUGAGAACAAUCGUCCUCUUUCAAUCGCUUGUUUGUACUUUGCUGCUUGCUGAAAAUUGAGUUGACCUUUCCGGUAGCCUACAACAUACGCGUAAGCUAUGAACCUUCGUUCUGCUCUGUUGAGUACACAGCUAGUGUCAUG